AAUUUGGACCCUUUCAAAAUGUAGCGAUUGCUAUAACUCAUUUCAGCGAACGCGUAAAGAGAAACGUGAAGAAGAUGCGGUUGAAAGGAGAGAAAUCCAGUUGUUGAACGAGAAGGCAAAGGGUGAGUCCGAUGCGAAGAAGCUUGUUGCUGAACCACACUCAUUCGUUAUUCAUCGCGGCAAAGUGGGUCGUUAUAUACGUCGUCUGGAACUUGACCUACGUUCUGUUAUGGAGCCGUUUACUGCUACUAAACUCAGGGAAUUAAGGCGCAAUAAUCUAAAAGAUUUUUUGGUGAAUGGAGCAGUGCUCGGUGUGACGCAUUUGAUGGUUUUGACAAGAGGUGAACAGUCACUUACACUUCGGAUCAUCCGUUCACCUCAAGGACCGACCCUGUCAUUCAAAAUAAUGCGGUAUACAUUAUCACGAGAUAUCAUCACAUCACAGCGACGGUCGCUACAUUUCCAACGGCAGUUCACGACAGCUCCUCUCGUUGUUAUGAAUGGUUUUACUGGAUGUGCAAAAAAGCAUGUACAGUUGACGCAGACCAUGUUUCAAAAUAUGUUCCCGUCUAUAAAUAUGAAACUUUCACAAGUUCGUCGAUGUGUGAUGGUGAAUUAUGAUGCUGAAAAUGACUCGAUCGAUAUUCGACAUUACGCAAUCAAGGCAGUCCCAACUGGAUUGAGUAAAGCAGCUAAGAAACUCGUCCAAGGCAAAAUACCAGAUCUUUCCAAAUACAAGGAUAUCAGUGAUUUCUUCUUGAAUCCCGGACAGAUGAGUGAAAGUGAAUUUGAAGGCGAGCAAAAGGAAGUGAAGUUAGCUGAGGAUCUUACAACAAGAGGUUGUAAGGCUGGACAACGUACAAAUAUUAGAUUAAUUGAACUCGGACCUCGUUUGACACUGACUUUAGUGAAAGUCGAGGAAGGUGUUGAUGAGGGAGAAGUGCUCUAUCAUUCCUAUAUGCAAAAAAGCGCCAAAGAACUAAUGAAAUUACGUCAAAACCUUCCAAAGAAGAAGAAACUGAAAGAACGCCAAAGAAAGGAAAACGAGCAUCGUGUGAUCAGACGUCUGAAGGCCGUAGCGGAUCGGAAAGCAGCUGAGGAGGAGGCGAUCGAAGAAGAGAAACAAAAGUUGAUCAAUAAACAAAAAGCAGUAACUGGUGAAGAAUAUGACGAAAGAGCGAAUGAAACUGUUGGACAGGGUCAGAAUGAACAUGCUACAAUAGCGUCACGGUCAUCCCAUCUACAACAACAUUCCCACUCCGGCGAAGGGAAUGCAAACAAGACUGUAUUAGGCACGAGACAUAAGCAUACACUCUCAUCGGAAACUAUCAAACGGAAGCGUUACGAAUAG